GACAGCGCAUCCACGCGCACGCGCAGUAACACUCAGCCCGACUAGCAACACGGCAGCCAAUCCGCGUGAAGCCAUCGGGAAAUUCAAACUUGAACGCGUGCAACGUAUACUUCAUUCCGUCGUUGACUCUGAACGUUGGGUGUUCGGCCUUUCGCUCUUGCGACCUUCGACGAGAAUGACUGCUACAUAGAAGUUCAGAUAUCUGUAGUGCAGGAAAAUACCGGAGCAAUACGACACUUGCGUUUGAUCGCGAUUGCGGACGAGGAACGUGGGCAACAUACAGUAUAAUAUUAACGUUUAGUUGCGGUGUCGCUUGGAGAAAUCUCACAUGUUUUGACAUACGGCAGUAAUUAAUUCUCUUUAUGACUUGGUAGUAUCGGUUUAUAAAAGGACAAUUAAAUAUUGACACACAAUGGGAGAUUAUCACGCGCCGCAAUGGAUAGAUUUUAUUGAGAACUGCAGUCCACAGCCUCCGAUCAAAGAUUUCUUCGAUACGGUCCACUCGGUACAUGAACGCCCGCUCAAUGACUCCGCCGCUGAGAACGCGGAGAAUGUUCAGCCUGCAGGAUCACAGAAUAACAUUCCGGCUCUACGGAGUACCGUCAGCACAAAGGCACAGGAGGACUUAAACAUCAUAAGAAGUACCCCCGUCAAGGUGAUCUCCCCAAAACAUCGUAAUAACAAGGAAACCGUGGUGGGAGAGACCACUUACGAGCAGGUGCUCAGCGACGCGAUGAAAAAAUUAGAGCUCUGCAAAAAGCCGCUUAGGGCUAGUCGGGAUGUACUGAAUAAAGUAACGACUCAACAUGCUGAUACCUUCAAGACCCCACGCAUGCCCAUCACCAAGUCGUCCAGAUCCGUCGGCUAUCACAGUGCAUCAACUAGACUAAACGUUCCACACGGCCAGAAUUCUGCACCAAGAGCCGUAAAAGUUAACAGAAACACGCCACUUAGGGGCACGCCUGUAAAUCCGAAGAGAGCAUCGGUCAGCUGCUCCCUGUUUAAAGAAGAUAAAGGUGACGUGAAACAUGGUACUUCCAAGAGACCGAAUGAUCCAGUAGACGAGCCUAAGAACGAUAAGAAAGCAAGUGAGAAACAUGAAGAGGAAAAUCAUGAAAAACAUGAGAAGGACGAUAAUAACGAAUACAACGAAGAAGGUGAACAAGAACGAGGUAACCAGGAAGAUGCUACAGCCUCGCAAGACGACUCGGAAGAAUGCGGUCAGGACAACGUGGACGCCAAGACCGAGAAGCACAAUGAAACACAGCCUACCAAGCGCCUGGGGGUGCUCACCUGGCAAAACCGUAGACGGAGUCUGCACAAACGCAGAAGCGGGCCCGCCAACAACCAGUAUGUCAGCCUGGCAGAAGCGGUAUCACGCUUCCAGACGGAGACGCCGAAACGCUUCCGCACCAGGAGCACCAAGGAGAACCACGCGGCCGGCAUGACGAUGAACGUGUCGAAAUUGGUGCAGAAUCGUCUGAAGCCGACGAUACCGAUCUCGCCAGCGCUCAUGUCGAAGAACAGGACGCGCGCCGUCACCGUGCUGAGCCAGGAGGAGCGCGAGAAGCAGCAGAUGGAGGAGAUAAAGAAGCACCCGAUAAAGGCGAAUCCGAUACCGCGCGCCGUGCUGCAGGGCCCCCGCAUGAAGGUCGCCGGCACCACGAAGAAGCAGGCAACGACGAAAACCGCAUCCUCAUUCUCGCAACUGAGUAAAAAGAGCCGCGCCACUCUGCCAAGCUCGUUUCAAUUGAAGGCGACGUCGCUACAUCACGACAAGGCGACGUCGGCUGCUGGCCCCAAAAAUACAGUCACGAAAGUCUUGGUGACCGAUCCUACGGGCAUCAUCGUCGAACAGGAGGAGAUAACGUUCUUUGGCGUGCCCAAGGACACUGGCGCGACGAAGGGCGUGACGCGAAUUGUGCCGUUUAGCUUCGAGGCACGCAACAAGGAUCUCCAGAUGAAGAGGGAACAGCGACUCAAGAGCCUGCAGGAGGCGAGCAAAACGAAGGUGGGAUUCCAGGCUAGACCAGCGCCGAAUUUCUCGAAGGCACCGACGUCAACGGGUAAACAACAACAGAUUUUGAAGAAGUCUAAUUCUGUGCUGCCCUGUCCGUUCAGCUUCGAAGAGCGAGACAAAAAAUUGCCGAAGAGGAAAGAGCAGCUAGAGAAGACGUUGCUGGACGAGGACAAGCGAGCGCGCGUAUUCCGUGCGAAUCCGGCGCCGGUCUUCAAGCCCGUGUUGGUGCGCGGUAGAUCCAGAGAGCAUCUUUCGAUCAGAGAUAAGAGCGCGAGGACGGCAGACAAGGAGUGCGAGGACCAGGAGAAUAGAGAGCCGAACGUUGACACAGAGAGCACAUCUAUGCAGAAAACGAUGAGUCUCCCAUGCAUUGAUAAGACGCCGCUGAUGGAGAAGCGAGAAGAGAACGCGAGGGCUCUGCCGAUAGAAUUGCACUCGGAUAAACGGGCGAAGGAACGACGGGAAUUUGACGAGAAGGUAAAACGUAAGGAGAUGGAGGACGUGCUGAAGCAUGAAGAAGAAAACAGAAAACAAGUGGAACAAGAAAAACGGAUAAAAGCAGAAUUACGUAAACUGACGGAAGUGAAGGCCAGGCCGAUGCCGGUAUAUAAGCCGAUGGUUAUUGAAAAGGCGACGAAACAGCUGACCGAGCCGCAGAGUCCCGCGUUCGCGCACAAGCUCCGAAGGAAGCAAACAUAAACAUUCCGUUUUCGUUCGUAUCGACCGCUUGAUUGUAACUAUAUUAUUUUUCGAGAUAUCCUUAGUAUACGAAAAGAAAAUAACAAAUUAAUAUCUUGAUAAAUAUUAGUUUUAGAAAUGUGUUUUAAAAAAGUAACACGCGGCCAAUGAUACCUCAAAAGUUGAAAGGUUUUACUUUAAGGUUUAAAAGUAACGCGUGACAAAUUAAUAUCUUGGUAAAUAUUAGUUUUAAAAAUAUGUUUAAAGUUUAAAGUUUAAACACAUUUCUAAAACUAAUAUUUACUAAGAUAUUAAUGUGUCACGCGUUACUUUUACACUUUAAGAUAAAACCUUCCGAGUUUUGAGGUAUCAUUGGCUGUAAUAACGGUGCUUCUGAGACGCAACGUGAUAAAUUUUCUUAGAAUAAAACAUGAUUUUUCGGACAUGGCCUCUCUUUUUUAUUAUCGAUCCGUCAAACUAACAUAUUUUAAUUUGAUGUACAAAAUAUCAUAAAGCGUAAGAAUAAAGGAGCAGUUUUCAGAA